AUGCGUGUACGCCUAUAUCGUGGCUCGUUCCGUUUUAUCAGUCAGCGCAAUUCCGAACGAACGUACGAACGGCGCGGCGCGCUGUCCCACAUUUUCAGUCGCACGUAGACGACAGGGCAUACCGCAGGUGCCUGUCAAUCGUCCUCUCCUAGAUCUUCCUCGACAGAGCCGCGGCGGUCCCCGUUGCAUGCGGAUGCAUCGUCGCCGCAUCCGUCGUCCUGCCAGACGCGACGAUGUUUCCGGAAGCGUUGGCUUUUUCAGCCACCGCCGUCGUCGCUCAUCGCAGGUGCGUCGAACGGUAAGAUCGAGAUCGGCUGACUGCACCUGGGUGAUACGUACAUCGAACCUACGUCGAUUUAAAACGUGUCGUGCGUACACGCGUGUACUUACGUGUAUAUGUGACCUCGUCAAUCAUGUCGACCAUCGCCGAGCGCAGAAAAGUGAAGAUAGCCUGUUAUUUCUCUUCGUUGUAAGAAACGAGAGAAAAAGGCAAGAGGAAAUCAAGAAAGAGUGGCAAAUUUUGCGUUCACCGUCUAGCUAUGGAGGACGAGGACUUUGGUUUCGCGAAGAGGACAGACAAUGUCUUAAAGAAGGUUUUCACUGUUAAUAAUGAACAAUCACACAAAAAUACAACUCAUAACGUUAGACAUCUAAUCUGUUCUCUACCUAAGACAUCGGAAGUCGUUGGUGGAGGUGGAUCAACGACACCAGCGCCUCUGAUUGGGGCCGGAAGCGAGGGCCCUCAACGCGCGUCAACCGCCGCUGGCUCAGUCGUGCCCAACACGCCGAACAUACCGAACGUGGUGGAGUACCAUCUUAAAGUCAAGCCUAGGUCAACGACAAGGCACUGCCGGCUCGAUAACGUUCCCAGAGACCAGCCUUUAAAAGAGAUGAAGAAGGAGAAGGUGUCUUCUGAUGAUAAGAAGAAAGAUCUCGUGUCGAAGUUGUCACGUCUGUCUAUCGAUAAUAAUGUUUUUGAAGGCUCUACCGAUCUGCCGCAAGUAUUUCAGGUGAAAUAUUUGGGAUCCCAUGAUGCAAGAGGCCUCUGGGGCAUCAAGCACACAAGAAGGCCCGUCGAUAAUAUGGUUUCUGCCGCGAAGGCUUUGCCGACUAACACAAUGCUGCCUCUUAUCAAGCUAGUAGUCUCUCAGGAGGGAGUUGCCUUGCUACCGCUAGACAAAAGGAAGCAGGAUGGCAAUUUAUCCAGAAUGUAUCCUAUUGAGACGAUCUCCUACGGAGUACAGGAUCUAGUUUACACUAGAGUAUUUUCCAUGAUCGUUGUUCGCGAGACGGAGAACUUCAGGAGAAUCUCGCCAUUCGAAUGUCAUGGUUUUGUCUGCGAAUCGAAAUAUUAUGCCAGGCAAUUGACAUACGCUCUCGCUGCAGCCUUCGAAGUUUACUCCAAGACCGUAAAGGCUCAGGAAAAGCUGACCGGAGUCAGCGUAAACACCGCUAGGAAAAGAUUUGCGAUCGAUCUGAGGAGCCCCGAGGAAAUUGAGGCGGAUCUUACGAUGGAUUCCGAAGCGUAACUUUCGAAAUCUAACAUUAUUUAUUAGAUUAAGAUACAAGUAGAUGUAAAUUUUUAAUUAGAAAAGUUUAAAAAA